UAAUCCUAUUUCUAUUAACGAUUCUAAUAUCCGCGAAGAAGAGUAUAAACAAGCGAUUGCUGAAUUGCAGCAAAAACUAGAAGAACAAAGAAGUAACGAAUAUAUAGUGAUGUCAGAUUUGCAACAGCAAAUAGAAGAUAGAGAGCGAAUUAUAUCAGAGAUGAAGUUGGAAUUAGAUGAUCGCAAUAUU